AUGCUGUCGAAAGCAACAUCCAUGGACCGACCCGACAGUCGCAGUGCAUCCUCGUCCGAUCCGCCCCCGCCGCCGCACAGCACCGCGCAGAGCAGCGCCAUGUCAAAGACCGAUGACAGCAGCUCGGGUCAAACACCCGUUGGCGGCGGCGCUGAGAACAGCGUCGCAUACCAAUACGUCGCCGUUCAACAAAUGACCUCGCGUCGCGACCACAUCGAGUACCAGCUCACCGUGCGAGAACAGCCCAAGCAAUCCAGGAUGUGCGGCGUCGGCGAAAAGGCAGACAGAAGACCCAUCGAUCCAGCGCCCAUCGUCCAGCUCCGCGUCAUUACCCACGACCGUCCUGUGCGCCAAAGCGACACGGUCGAAAACACACCCGCAGCACCGCCCGUCGAAAGAAAGCCAGGCCAUGGUCCCACCCUGCCGAGGACGCCGGGAGUACGCAGAGGUCUGCCCGUCACCACCGCCCUGGGUGAUGGCUGGGAGGACAAGGCUUGGUACCUCGAGAACCCGUACUUUUUCAUGACAUCGACGGCUCGCACCAAGGCUUUUUCGUCUUUCCGGACUUGA